AUGGCGGACGCGGGAGCCGGUGUCCGCGGCUGGCUGCAGCAACUGCAGGAGUUUGUGUCCACCCCGGAUCGCUGCAGCGCUGCGGGCGCCAGUUAUCAGCUGAUCCAUGGCCUGGGGCAGGAGUGCGUGCUGAGCACUAGCUCCGCAGUGCUGGCAUUGCAGGUUUCCUUAGUAUUUUCCAAAGAGUAUGGUUUGCUUGUAUUUGUCCGGAAGUCACUUGGCAUUGAUGAAUUUCGUGAUUGUAGAGAAGAAGCCCUAAAAUUUUUGUGUCUUUUCUUAGAGAAAAUUGAUCAGAAGGUCACGCAUUAUUCUCUUGAUAUAAAGAAUACUUGUACCAGUGUUUAUACAAAAGAUAGAACUGCUAAGUGUAAAAUUGCAGCCCUAGACCUUCUGAUUAAGUUACUUAAGACACUGAGAAGUUCUAGAAUCAUGGAUGAGUUUAAGAUUGGAGAAUUAUUUAACAAGUUCUAUGGAGAACUUGCAUCAAAAUCAAGACUAACUGAUACAGUUUUAGAAAAAAUCUAUGAGCUCCUGGGAAUAUUAGGCGAAGUUCAUCCUAGUGAAAUGAUAAGUCAUUCAGAAAACCUGUUCCGGGCUUUUCUGGGAGAACUCAAGACCCAGAUGACAUCGGCAGUAAGAGAACCUAGAUUUCCUGUUCUGGCUGGCUGUCUAAAAGGGCUGUCCUCGCUUCUGUGCAACUUCACCAAGUCUGUGGAGGAAGAUCCCCAGACUUCAAGGGAGAUCUUUGGUUUCGCAUUAAAAGCAAUCCGUCCACAGAUCGAGAUGAAGCGAUAUGCUGUGCCCUUGGCUGGUCUGCGCUUACUUACCCUGCAUGCAUCUCAAUUUACUAUCUGCCUUCUGGACAACUAUAUUACUCUAUUUGAAGUACUGUCGAAGUGGUGCAGCCACACAAAUGUGGAAUUAAAGAAAGCUGCGCAUUCAGCCCUGGAGUCCUUCCUGAAACAGAUUUCAUUUACUGUGGCAGAAGAUGCAGAGUUACACAGGAGUCAGCUGCAGUACUUCAUGGAACAGUUCUAUGGAAUCAUCAGAAAUGCGGAUUCAAACAACAAGGAGUUAUCCAUUGCUAUUCGUGGAUAUGGACUAUUUGCAGGACCUUGCAAGGUUAUAAAUGCCAAAGAUGUUGACUUCAUGUAUGUUGAGCUCAUUCAGCGCUGUAAACAGAUGUUCCUCACCCAGACUGAAGCCAGUGAGGAUCAUGUUUACCAGAUGCCGAGUUUCCUCCAGUCUAUUGCAAGUGUCCUGCUUUACCUUGACACAGUUCCUGAAGUAUAUACUCCCGUUCUGGAACAUCUCAUGGUGGUACAGAUAGACAAUUUCCCUCAGUACAGCCCCAAAAUGCAGCUGGUGUGUUGUAAAGCAAUAGUAAAAGUCUUCCUGGCCUUAGCAGAAAAAGGGCCAGUUCACUGGAAUUUCAUUAGUACUGUGGUGCAUCAAGGUUUAAUUAGAAUAUGUUCUAAACCAGUGGUCCUUCAAAAGGAUGUUGAGUCCAAGUCGGAUAACCAAUGGGCCUCAGGGGAAGUCAGAACGGGCAAGUGGAAAGUGCCCACGUACAAAGACUAUGUGGAUCUUUUUCAGCAUCUUUUAAGCUGUGACCAGAUGACGGAUUUUGUUUUAGCAGAUGAAACAUUUCUCUUUGUGAAUUCCUCCCUUAAAAGUUUGAAUCAUUUACUCUAUGAUGAAUUUAUAAGAUCAGUUUUGAAGAUUGUGGAAAAAUUGGAUCUUACACUGGAGAAACAGACUGUUGGAGAGCAUGAGGAUGGAAGCACAACUGCUGUUUGGGUGAUCCCAACUUCAGAUCCAGCUGCUAAUUUGCAACCUACUAAACCAAAAGACUUUUCAGCUUUCAUUAACCUGGUGGAGUUUUGCAGGGAGAUUCUUCCUAAGAAACAAAUAAGACUUUUUGAGCCAUGGGUAUAUUCAUUUGCAUAUGAGUUAAUUUUACAGUCUACACGGUUGCCACUCAUCAGUGGUUUCUACAAAUUACUUUCUAUCGCAGUGAAAAAUGCCAGGAAAAUAAAAUAUUUUGAGGGAGUUAGCCCAAAGAGUCUGAAGCAUUCUUCUGAAGAUCCAGAAAAGUAUUCUUGCUUUGCUUUAUUUGCAAAAUUUGGCAAAGAGGUAUCAGUUAAAAUGAAGCAGUACAAGGAUGAACUUUUGGCCUCCUGUUUAACCUUUGUUCUGUCCUUGCCACAUGACAUCAUUGAACUUGAUGUUAGAGCUUAUGUUCCUGCAUUGCAGAUGGCCUUCAAACUGGGCCUGAGCCAUAUGCCUCUGGCAGAAGUAGGUCUGCAUGCCCUUGAAGAGUGGUCGGUUCACAUUAGUAAGUCUAUAAUGCAGCCUUACUACAAAGACAUUCUCCCCUGCCUUGAUGGAUACCUUAAAACUUCAAUCUUGUCAGAUGAAACCAAGAGCCUCUGGGAAGUAUCAGCACUUUCUCGAGCUGCCCAGAAGGGAUUUAAUAAAAAUGUAUUGAAAUAUCUGAAAAGGACAACAAAUAUUUCACCAGAUGAAGCGCUAUCUUUAGAAGAAAUAAGAAUUAGAGUAGUACAAAUUCUGGGAUUUCUAGGAGGACAAAUAAACAAAAAUCUUGUAACAGCUGCUUCAGGAGAGAGAAUGAAGAAGUGUGUGGCGUGGGACAGCGAGAAGAGACUCAGCUUUGCAGUUCCUUUCAGAGAGAUGAAGCCUGUGAUCUAUCUGGAUGUCUUCCUGCCUCGGGUCACUGAAUUAGCUCUUUCUGCUAGUGACCGACAGACAAAAGUGGCAGCUUGUGAACUGUUACACAGCAUGGUCAUGUUUAUGUUGGGAAGAGCCUCUCAGAUGCCUGAAGGUCAGGGCUGGCCUCCCAUGUACCAGCUCUACAAGCACACGUUUCCUGUGCUGCUUCAACUUGCAUGCGAUGUGGAUCAGGUGACGAGGCAGCUCUAUGAACCACUUGUUAUGCAGCUGAUUCACUGGUUUACCAACAAUAAGAAAUUUGAAAGUCAGGAUACUGUUGCCUUACUAGAAGCCAUACUGGAUGGUAUUGUGGACCCUGUUGACAGUACUUUAAGAGAUUUUUGUGGAUGCUGUAUUCGAGAAUUCCUCAAAUGGUCCAUUAAGCAGACAACACCUCAGCAGCAAGAGAAGAGCCCAGUAAACAGCAAGUCACUUUUCAAGCGUCUCUACAGCCUUGCACUCCAUCCUAAUGCCUUCAAGAGGCUCGGCGCAGCACUUGCUUUUAAUCACAUCUACAAGGAGUUCAGGGAAGAAGCAUCCUUGGUAGAACAGUUUGUAUUUGAAGCCUUAGUGACAUACAUGGAAAGUCUGGCCUUGGCACAUGCGGAUGAGAAAUCCUUAGGUACAAUUCAGCAGUGCUGUGAUGCCAUCGAUCACCUCAGACGCAUCAUUGAAAAGAAGCACGAUUCUUUAAACAUACCAAGAAAACGACGGUUGCCACAGGGGUUUCCACCUUUGACAUCGUUGUGUUUAUUGGAUCUAGUCAAGUGGCUUUUAGCCAACUGUGGAAGGCCCCAGACAGAAUGUCGACACAAGUCCAUAGAACUCUUUUAUAAAUUUGUUCCUUUACUCCCAGACAACAAAUCCCCUUCUAUAUGGUUGAAAGAUCUCAUAAAAACAGAAGAUAUUUCUUUUCUCAUAAACACAUUCGAAGGAGGAGUUAGCAACUGUGAUCAACCAGCGGGCAUUCUUGCUCAGCCAACUCUCUUCCAUUUGCAAGGGCCAGUGAGCCUGAGAGCCGUCCUACAGUGGCUGGACAUGCUCCUUGCGGCACUGGAGUGCUAUAACACAUUCAUCGAGGAGAAGACAGUGGAAGUACAAGACGUUCUGGGUACUGAAACACAGUCUUCACUUUUAAAGUCAGUGGCUUUCUUUUUAGAAAGCAUAGCAACCCACGAUGCUAGAGCAAUUGAACAACGCUUUGGCACAGGGGUAGCAACUGGGCCUCCCAGUCUACAAGAGGAAGAAAAAUACAACUAUAACAAAUGCACAGUCUUGGUCCGGAUUAUGGAAUUUACUACAACCCUGCUCAAUACCUCUCCAGAAAUUUUCAAGCUCCUGGAGAAGGACUUGUGUAACACAAACCUAAUGAAAGUCUUAGUGAAAAUGCUUUGUGAGCCCGUGAGCUUAGGGUUCAAUGUUGGCGACGUCCAGGUUAUGAACCACCUUCCCAGCAUUUGUGUGAACCUGCUGAAGGCACUGAAGAAGUCCCCAUGCAGAGACGUGCUGGAGACUCACCUGAAGGAGAAAGUGACAGCGCAGAGUGUCGAAGAGCUCUGUGCCAUUAACUUGUGUGACUCUGAUGCUCGCCAAGAAAGGACCAAGUUGCUGUCUGUCUUAGCAGCCUGUAAACAGCUUCACAAAGCUGGCUUCUCUCAUGUUAUAUCCCCUUCUCAGUCUACAGCACUGGAUCAUCCCAUUGGCAUGAGGCUGCUCUCUUUGGUUUAUAAAGGCAUUGCACCUGCAGAGGAAAGGCAGUGCGUGCAGUCGUUGGACCCCAGCUGUAUGAGCCUGGCCAAUGGACUCCUGGAGUUAGCCUUUGCCUACGGAGGACUGUGUGAGCAUCUUGUGAGUUUGCUGCUGAAUUCAGCACUGUUGUCUAUGCAGUAUUUGGGCAGUUCACAGAGAAACGUCAGCUUCUCCCACGGGGAAUAUUUCUAUAGUUUGUUCUCAGAAAUAAUCAACAGUGAGCUAUUGAAAAAUCUUGAUAUUGCUGUAUCAGAGCUCAUGAAGUCAUCAACAGAUAAUCCCAAAAUGGUUAGUACUGUUUUAAAUGGUAUGUUAGAUCAGAGCUUCAAGGAUCGAGCUGUUCAUAAACACCACGGAGUGAAGCUUGCAGCUGCCAUUAUGCAAAACUGGAGGAAGUGUGAUUCAUGGUGGGCCACAGAUUCUGCUCCAGAAAGCAAAGUGACAGUGCUAUCCUUACUGGCAAAAAUGUUGCAGAUUGAUUCAGCUUUAUCUUUUGAUACAAUUCACAGCUCAUUUCCUGAAAUCUUCACAACGUAUGCUAGUCUACUUGCUGAUACAAAGUUGGGUCUACACUUAAAGGGCCAAGCUCUCAUUCUCCUUCCGUUCUUCACCAGCCUGACUGAAGACAGGCUAGAAAACCUUAAGCAUAUUCUGGAAAAGCUCAUCGUAUCUAAUUUCCCCAUGAAGUCUGAUGAAUUUCCCACUGAUUCUCUAAAGUACAAUAAUUAUGUGGACUGCAUGAAAAAGUUUCUAGAUGCACUGGAAUUAUCUCAGAGUCCUAUGUUAUUUCAGUUGAUGACAGAUAUUCUUUGUCGGGAACAGCAACAUAUUAUGGAAGAAUUAUUUCAAACUACUUUCAAAAGGAUUGCUAGGCGGAGUCCACAUGUCACACAAUUAAACCUUCUGCAAAGCGUGUAUACGAUGUUCCGGAAGGAUGAGCUGCCUUCCAAUGUCACUCGCCAAGCAUUUGUAGAUCGCUCUCUCCUCACCGUACUGUGGCAUUGUGACUUGGACACACUGAAAGAGUUCUUCAGCAGAAUUGUGGUGGAUGCCAUUGAUGUGUUGAAGUCCAGAUUUACAAAGGUAUAUCGUACACAGUCAUGCCAUGAUGCCUUCACAGAGAACAUGGCAGGGGAGAGCCAGUUGCUGGAGAAGAGAAGACUUUAUCAUUGUGCUGCAUACAAUUGUGCCAUUUCUCUAAUAUGCUGUGUCUUCAAUGAAUUGAAAUUUUACCAAGGUUUUCUGUUUAGCGAAAAACCAGAAAAGAACUUGUAUAUUUUUGAAAAUUUGAUAGACCUCAAGCGUUGCUAUGCAUUUCCUAUAGAAGUUGAGGUUCCAAUGGAAAGAAAGAAAAAGUACAUUGAAAUUAGGAAGGAGGCCAGGGAUGCAGCAAAUGGGACUUCAGGCAGUCCUCAUUAUAUGUCUUCAUUGUCAUAUUUCACAGAGAGUAGCCUAAGUGAAGAAAUGAGUCAAUUUGAUUUUUCAACUGGAGUUCAGAGCUACUCGUAUAGCUUUCAAGAUCGUAAACCUCCCACUGGCCAUUUUCAGAGACGGGAACAAGAUCCCAUGACGCAAGGUGACAUCCUGGAGUUAGAGAUGGAUGAGCUCAACCAACAUGAAUGCAUGGCUACCAUGACAGCCCUGAUUAAGCACAUGCAGAGAAAUCUGAUUACACCCAGGGUAGAAGAGGAUUCGGAGCCAAAAGAUCUUCCUCCUUGGAUGAAAUUUCUUCAUGACAAGCUAGAAAAUACAUCAGUCCCAUUAAAUAUCCGUCUCUUCUUAGCCAAGCUUGUUAUUAAUACGGAAGAGGUCUUUCGCCCUUAUGCAAAGCACUGGCUCAGCCCCUUGCUACAGCUGGCUGUUUCCCCGAACAAUGGAGAAGGAAUUCACUACAUGGUGGUGGAAAUAGUAGCUACUGUUCUCUCUUGGACAGGCUUGGCUACACCUACAGGGGUCUCUAAAGAUGAAGUGUUAGCAAAUCGAUUGCUUCAUUUUCUAAUGAAACAUGUCUUCCAUCCCAAAAGAGCCGUGUUCAGACACAACCUUGAAAUUAUUAAAACCGUUGUUGAAUGCUGGAAGGCGUGUCUUUCCAUCCCUUACAGAUUAAUAUUUGAAAAUUUUUCACAUAAGGACCCUAAUUCUAAAGACAAUUCUGUAGGAAUUCAAUUAUUGGGCAUUGUAAUAGCUAAUGACUUGCCUCCCUACGACCCGAAGUGUGACAUACCGAGUACCAAAUAUUUUGAAGCUUUGGUCAAUAACAUGUCCUUUGUGAAGUAUAAAGAGGUUUAUGCAGCUGCAGCAGAGGUUCUAGGACUGAUUCUUCAACAUGUUACUGAGAAGAAACACGUGAUAGCAGAGUCAAUAUAUGAACUGGUUGUCAAACAACUAAAGCAACAUCAAAAUACUAUGGAAGACAAAUUUAUUGUGUGCUUAAACAAAAUAGUGAAGGGCUUCCCUCCUCUUGCUGACAGUUUCUUGAAUGCUGUGUUCUUUCUACUGCCAAAAUUUCACGGAGUGAUGAAGACACUUUGCCUGGAGGUUGUGCUUUAUCGUGCAGAGAUGACUACCGGCUUGUACUUACAGCUAAAGAGUAAGGACUUUUUCCAAGUCAUGAAACAUAGAGAUGAUGAAAGACAAAAGGUGUGUUUGGAUAUAGUUUAUAAGAUGAUGGCAAAAUUAAAACCAGUAGAACUUCGAGAACUUCUGCAUCCUGUUGUGGAAUUUGUUUCCCAUCCUUCUCCAACGUGUAGAGAGCAAAUGUAUAAUAUUCUUAUGUGGAUUCAUGACAAUUACAGAGAUCCAGAAAGUCAAAUGGAUCAAGACUCCAAGGAAAUUUUUCACCUGGCCAAGGAUGUGCUGAUUCAAGGACUGGUUGAUGAGAACGUUGGACUCCAAUUAAUUAUUCGGAAUUUCUGGAGCCAUGAAACCAGAUUACCAUCCAAUACAUUGGACCGAUUGUUGGCAUUAAAUUCUUUAUAUUCUCCAAAAAUAGAAGUUCACUUCUUAAGUUUAGCAACAAAUUUUCUGCUUGAAAUGACCAGGAUAAGCCCAGAUUAUCUAAACCCAAUCUUUGAGCAUCCUCUGUCCGAGUGUGAAUUUCAGGAAUAUACUAUAGAACCUGACUGGCGUUUUCGAAGUACUGUUCUCACUCCAAUGUUUAUUGAGACCCAGGCUUCUCCAAGUACUCUCCAUGCCCAAACCCAGGAAGGGUCCCUCUCAGACCGAAGGCAGAAGCCUGGGCAAGUGCGGGCCACCCAACAGCACUAUGAUUUCACCCCGACACAAACUACAGUGGAAAGGAGCUCAUUUGAUUGGCUGACUGGGAGCAGCAUUGACCCACUGGCGGAUCACACAGUCUUCCCUUCAGAAUCCUCAUCUUCCUCCUUGUUGGUUGCCCACAAGAGGAGUGAAACGUCACAGAGAAUACACUGGAAGUCAGUAGGACCUGACUUUGGGAUGAAAAAACUGGGCCUUCCCGGUGAUGAGGUGGAUAACCAAGUGAAAAGUGGUCCUCACAAUCGAGCAGAAAUUCUGAGGUUACGCAGAAGAUUUUUAAAGGACCAAGAAAACCUCAGUUUGCUCUAUGCCAAAAAGGGUCUCAUGAAACAAAAACUAGAGAAGGAUAUCAAGAGUGAGUUAAAAACGAAGCAGGAUGCCCAGGUUGUUCUGUACAGAAGCUAUCGUCACGGCGACCUUCCUGACAUCCAGAUCCAGCACAGCAGUCUCAUCACCCCCUUGCAAGCUGUGGCCCAGAAAGACCCAAUAAUUGCAAAGCAACUCUUCAGCAGCCUGUUUUCUGGGAUUUUAAAAGAAAUGAAUAAAUUUAAGACAACAUCUGAAAAAAACAUCAUCACUCAAAAUUUGCUUCAAGACUUCAACCGUUUCCUUAAUUCCACUUUCUUAUUCUUCCCACCCUUCAUCUCUUGCAUCCAGGAAAUCAGUUGCCAACACCUAGACUUGCUGAGUCUUGACCCGGCUGCUGUUCGAGUGGGGUGCCUGGCCAGUCUGCAACAGCCUGGAGGUAUCCGUCUUCUGGAAGAGGCGCUACUCCACCUGGCACCAGAACAGCCACCUACCAAACGAGUCCGGGGCAAGACUUGCUUGCCACCUGAUGUUCUGCGGUGGAUGGAACUUGCUAAACUGUAUCGAUCAAUUGGGGAGUAUGAUGUCCUCCGUGGCAUUUUUGGCAGUGAGUUAGGAACAAAGCAGGACACUCGGAAUGCACUAUUAGCAGAAGCCAGAAGUGAUUAUUCUGAAGCUGCUAAGCUGUAUAAUGAGGCUUUAAAUAAACAGGAGUGGGUGGAUGGUGAACCCACAGAGGCUGAGAAGGAGUUCUGGGAACUGGCAUCCCUUGACUGUUACAACAACCUGUCUGAAUGGAAACCACUUGAAUACUGUUCUACAACCAGUGUAGGUAGUGAAAAUCCUCUAGACCUGAGUAAAAUAUGGAGCGAACCAUUUUACCAGGAGACAUAUCUCCCGUAUGUGAUCCGAAGCAAACUGAAGCUCCUGCUUCAUGGAGAAGGCAACCAGUCUCUGCUGACGUUUGUGGAUGAGGCCAUGCACAAGGAGCUGCAGAAGACGAUCCUGGAGCUUCAGUAUAGUCAGGAACUGAGUCUCCUUUACAUCUUGCAAGACGAUAUUGACAGAGCCACAUACUACAUUAAAAAUGGCAUUCAGAUUUUCAUGCAGAAUUAUUCUAGUAUUGAUGUCUUCUUACACAGAAGUAGACUUGCCAAGUUACAAUCUGUGCAGACUUUAGCAGAAAUUGAGGAGUUCCUCAACUUUAUAAGUAAACAUGGUGAUUUUUCAUCUCUGGGUCCCCUUAGAAAACUUCUAAAAACCUGGACAAGCAGAUACCCAGAUGCUGUGACAGACCCCAUGCACAUCUGGGAUGACAUCAUCACAAAUCGCUGCUUCUUUCUCAGUAAAAUAGAGGAGAGACUGACUGCUUCUUCGGGUGACCUCAGUAUGAGCGUGGAUGAGGAUGAAGAUUCCGUUGACAGGAGAGAAGUCGAUGAGCUGCAGGAAGAUGCUCGCUCCAUGCUGCGGAGCUGCAGAUUCACCAUGAGAAUGAAGAUGGUGGACAGUGCGUGGAAGCAGAAUAAUUUCUCACUUGCCAUGAAACUUCUGAAAGAGCUGCAUAAAGAUUCAAAAACAAGAGAGACUUGGCGAGUGCAGUGGACACACAGUUACUGCCGCAUGAGCCACGGCCGGAGCCGCACCCAGAGCUCCCAGGAACAAGUUCUCACCGUGCUCAAAACCAUCACACUGUUGGAUGAGACUAAUAUGUCAAACUACUUAAACAAAAAUAGUCGGGUCUCUUGUGACCAGAACAUUCUCUUGGGGACAACUUUCAAGAUCAUGGCUGAUGCUAUCAACAGGGAACCAGCCUGCCUGUUGGACCUGGAGGAAAGCAAGGCCAAAUCAGUCUUGGCACUUUCUGGGUCUAAUGGAGAAAGCACAGAGAAGGUAAUCUCAGGUCUGUACCAGAGAGCAUUCUAUCACUUCUCCAAGGCCGUGCAGUCAGCUGAAGAGGAGAACCAGCUUUCCUGCUGGGGCCAUGAGGCUGCAGCUGAGCAGGCCCAUGCUUAUAUGACACUGGUCGGUUUCUGUGACCAGCAGCUCCGAAAGGUAGAAGAGAGUGCAUCCAGUGCAUCACAGAAGAGAAGUAAGGAAUUGGAAGGAUAUCCAGCACUUGUGGUGGAGAAACUGCUAAGAGCAUUAAAGUUGAACUCUUCUGAAGCCAGGCUGAGGUUUCCUAGAUUACUUCAGAUCAUAGAAGAGUAUCCAGAGGAGACCUUAGACAUAAUGACAAAAGAGAUUUCAUCCAUUCCUUGCUGGCAGUUUAUUGGUUGGAUCAGCCACAUGAUGGCCUUACUGGAUAAAGAAGAAGCCAUUGCAGUGCAGCCUACUGUGGAAGAGAUUGCUGAUAACUACCCACAGGCCAUCAUCUACCCUUUUAUAAUAAGCAGUGAAAGCUACUCCUUUAAACAGACUUCUUCUGGUCAUAAGAAUAAGGCAUUUGUUGAAAGGAUAAAAAGUAAACUUGAUCAAGGAGGAGAGAUUCAAGUUUUUAUUAAUGCCCUAGACCAGCUCUCCAAUCCUGAUAUGCUCUUUAAGGACUGGGUUGAGGAUAUGAAAAAUGAACUUGAAAAGAAUCCUGUGAAUAAAAAUAAUAUUGUGAAACUGUAUAAAAGGAUGUACACUGCCUUGGGUGACCUUCAGGCUCAAGGCCUGGGGCCAUUUAGAAGGAAGUUCAUACAGACCUUCGGGAAAGAAUUUGACAAAAGCUUUGGGAAUGGUGGUUCUAAGCUGCCUACAAUGAAGCCCAGGCACUUCCGUGAUAUCACUGAUGCACUAUUUGUAAGGAUGAGAACAAACCUGAAGCCACCUGGGAACCUGAAAGAGUACUCCCCCUGGAUGAGUGCAUUCAAAGUGCAGUCCCCAGGAAAUGAAGUGGAGAUUCCUGGCCAGUAUGAUGGCAAGGGCAAGCCAUUGCCUGAAUAUCAUGUGCGGAUCUCUGGAUUUGAUGAGCGGGUAAAAGUAAUGGCCUCCUUGAGGAAACCAAAGCGCAUUGUUAUUCGAGGCCAUGAUGAAAAGGAGUACCCCUUCCUGGUAAAAGGCGGCGAGGACCUCCGUCAGGACCAGCGCAUUGAGCAGCUCUUUGAGGUCAUGAAUGCCAUCCUCUCUCAGAAUGCUGCCUGCAGUCAGAGAAACAUGCAGUUAAGGACUUACCGUGUCGUGCCCAUGACCUCCAGAUUAGGAUUAAUUGAAUGGAUUGAAAAUACUAUGACCUUGAAGGAACUUAUUUUCAAUAAUAUGUCGAAAGAGGAGAAAGUGGCUUAUAGCAGUGAUCCUUAUGCACCAGCUCGUGAAUAUAAAGACUGGCUAAUAAAAAUGUCGGGGAAAACUGAUAAUGGAGCCUAUGCACUAAUGUACAAAAGAGCUAACUAUACAGAAACAGUCAUGGCUUUUAGAAAAAGGGAGAAUAAAGUGCCUGCUGAUCUCUUAAAGCGGGCUUUUGUAAAGAUGAGCACCAGCCCUGAGGCCUUCCUGGCACUACGUUCCCACUUCGCCAGCUCUCAUGCACUGUUGUGUAUCAGCCACUGGCUCCUCGGUAUUGGAGACAGACAUCUGAACAAUUUCAUGGUAGCGAUGGAGACGGGCAGCGUGAUUGGCAUUGACUUUGGACAUGCGUUUGGAUCAGCUACUCAGUUUCUUCCAGUUCCUGAGUUGAUGCCUUUUCGUCUAACCCGCCAGUUUGUCAAUCUCAUGUUACCGAUGAAAGAAACGGGCCUUGUGUGUGCUGUCAUGGUGCAUGCCCUGAGGGCUUUCCGCUCACGCGCAGGUCUGCUCACUGACACCAUGGAGGUUUUUGUGAAGGAGCCCUCUUUUGAUUGGAAGUGCUUUGAGCAGAAAAUGCUGAAAAGAGGAGGAUCAUGGAUUCAAGAGAUAAAUGUAAAUGAGAAGAACUGGUAUCCUCAGCAGAAAAUACUCUAUGCUAAGAGAAAAUUAGCAGGGGCCAACCCAGCAGUAAUAACUUGUGACGAGUUAUAUCUAGGCCAUGAAAACUCAUCUGCCUUUGGGAGUUAUACGGCUGUGGCUCGAGGGAACAAAGACCACAGCAUUCGUGCACAAGAGCCGGAGAGUGGACUUUCAGAAGAGACUCAAGUGAAGUGCUUGGUGGACCAGGCCACAGACCCCAAUAUCCUUGGCCGGACUUGGGAAGGAUGGGAGCCUUGGAUCUAAAGUCUAGGGGAGUCACCAACUGUAAAGCAUUCCAUCACCGACAGCAGGGUAUUACUUGAAGAAAAAAAGGAAAUCUACUUGGUAGUGCUGGUAAGAUGGCUCCCUUGCUGCCAGCACUAAUGACCUGGCUUCAAUCCCUGGAACCCACAUGAUGGAUGAAGAGAAGCAACUCCUGCAAGUUGUCC